CAUCCUCUGAUAUGAAUUAUGUUCAACCACUCUUUUCUUGUGACCGAGUUCAUCUUUGCUGGGUUUUCUGUACGGCCGCAAUUGCAGGUGCUCCUCUUCGUUCUGGUUUUCUCCAUGUAUGGCAUGUCCCUUGCUGGAAAUACUAUCAUCACUACGGUGAUCAGGCUCAAUGUGGUCCUUCAUACUCCCAUGUACUUUUUCUUGACUAAUCUGUCUCUCCUAGAAAUAUGCUACACCACCUCCAUUGUUCCUAAGAUGCUAGCAAGCUUGAUGUCAGAGCAGGGGAAGAAGAUAGCUCUCUGGGGUUGUGCUACUCAGAUGUAUUUCUUCACCUUGUUUGGAAUAACAGAAUGCUGUCUGCUUGCUGCCAUGGCUUACGACCGCUAUGUGGCAAUCUGUAACCCUUUGCGUUAUAGCAUCAUCAUGAACCCAGCAGUCUGCAUCCAGCUCUCUGUGGCCUCCUGGUCAGUAGGAUUGGUGGUGGGGCUGGGUCAGACCAACUAUGUCUUUAGCUUGACCUUCUGUGGCCCUAAUAAGAUCAACCACUUCUUCUGUGACAUCCCCCCACUCUUGACGCUGGCUUGCGGUGACACCUCCAGAAAUGUAAUUGCUGUAUACAUGGUGGCUGUCCUUUUUAUUACCACACCUUUCCUACUGAUCCUGAUCUCUUAUAUCUAUAUUGUCAUCUCUAUUCUGAAGAUUUCAUCUUCUGAGGGCCGUCGGAAAGCUUUCUCCACCUGUUCCUCUCACCUCAUUGUGGUCUCACUAUUUUACGGGUCAGGCAUCAUCACAUACCUUCGGCCCAAAUCCAGCUAUUCAGCUGAGAGUGACAAACUGCUGGCCCUGUUCUACACAGUGGUGACAUCCAUGUUGAACCCCAUAAUCUACAGCUUGAGGAACAAGGAGGUUAAGGUGGCUUUGAGAAGAAUGAUGAGUAAUAAACUAUGCUCUGGAGAAGAUCAAAAGUGAUUGUUAUUGGAAUGGUUCCUUAUCCUGUGAGGUCUAUAUAAUUCUACUGUGAAUGUUUUUUUCUGACCAAACUAGCUAUCACCUACGUUGUUAUGUGUUUGUGUCUCUGCUGAGACAAAUAUAUAAAUGCUGGUUGGUUGUUACUCCUUGACCAGAUAAAUAAUCUGAAUAAUUGCAAUCUAGAAACAGUGGAGUAUCCUCAGUAAGUAGCCCCAUCUAGUUAGAUAUCAGAGGAUCUGCCUUGGUUAGCUUUUGGAUGGAAAAGUAUUGGAAGUCUCAAGACCAUAGACUGGAAAAUCAAAAAACAAAUUUCCUGAAAGCAAGCAAGGAUAAACCACUUCUAUUUCACAAUCAAGAAAGCACUAUCUAUUCAUUUCAAUGCUAGUUUUAAUCUGGAUUGAAUUAAUGUGAUACCCAAAGGAGCUUUUUCAAGAGGCAACUGAACUUUCUGGUUUUCUUUAAAGAUGUUUUGCUUCUCAUCUAAGAAGCUUCUUCAGCUCUGACUGGAUGGUGGGGAAUAAAGGGGUUUAUAUUCC